GUGGAGAGCAUGACCGCGGAGGACGGCCACACCGUUGUCACUUCUCGGCACUCGGGACUUCGCUCCCACCGGACCCAAAACCUGUUGACGGAAGGGGUGAUUAUGGUGAUGUGGUCCGGAGCGAUGUGGUUCAUGGAGGUGAUUGCCUUCUUAGUGGCAUUCAACAGCGACGAGCCCUCACAUGAUUGGUAUAACUACCUGUGGUACAUUCCCUCCAGCCUUAACUGCCUGCGAGGGAUAGGCAUCUUCCUCAUCGUGGUGUUGACGCCUGAGAACCGUAGCAAGCUGGCGCGAACAUGUAACCGAGUGAUCCGGUCCAUGACGGCCUGCAACUACAAGGCCCGAAGCUCAAACCUGACGGCUCGCUCCAGGUCUUCUGAUGUCCAGGCGGUGGGCAUCCGGCGUUUCAACAUGUCUAUACACGAGGGAAUUGAUCUGAACACUGAUGUCACUUCUGAUGAGACAUUAAGUUCUUCAUUAGCUGAUUCUGAACUCGGGUCAGGAAUAGGUGAGGCUGAUGUGUCAGCCAAACGUCAUAAAAAAUCCCAAUGAAGUUUGCCUACUGUUUUACUUCUUGCUGGUGACUGUAAGUUUGCCACCGCUGCCCACUGGAUGGGUGUGGUGUGCAUAAUAGAAAAACUAAACUAUAUUUUUAUCUCUAACUUGUUUGCCACUUAUCUACGGUAUGGAUAUUUACCCCAGAAAAUAUUAAUUAAAAUCUUGUUUGGCUAGUAGUGAGCAUAGAAAUCAGGGAGACUUUCUGAUGGAUAUAUGGAAUUAAUAAGGAAAUACUGUGACAAAGUAGAGAAAUAUUUGUGACAAAGUGAUAAAGUAGUAAGCUGUGACAAAGCUUGUUGACAAGCAUUAUAAGUCCUAUAGCAAUGAGAUCUAUGUCACAAAAGCUGUGUAUUCAGACCGACUUUGGUCAAGACAACCCUCUUAAUCUGUUGAUGCAAAAUGCUACGGGUGCACAAAUUUCUAUAACAACAUGAUAUAAUUACACUAA